CCGUGACAUCAGGAUCAAGAUCAAGCCGCUGGUUUCACUGCUUUAGGAGAUCUGAAAAAGAAAACGAUAAAUUAAAAUACAGGAGCAGAAUACAACCCAGUGCCCACAGUGACGAAUACUUGUGAGAGAAGUGCCGUUACAAAGGCUAUACUUGGCCCCAUCAACUGAACUGAAGGAGAAGAAGGUUAUUGGCCCCUAAGACCCCACGCCCACUUUUACUAGAUUGGGGUGAAUUUGGGGCUUGUAUGGCCUUAAUGAUCUCUCUUAAGCACUGAAGGAAAAGAAUCAGACGGAGAAGGUUACUGGCCUCUAAAACCCCAGGCCCACUUUUACUAUACUGGACUGAAUUUGGUGUUUCUAUGGACUUACGUAUCCCUCUAAAACACUGAAGAAAAAGAAAUAAAAAAACAUGAGUGUGUCGCCUCCUCGCCCAAGACAUCACACGUUAUGCUAGAGCUUUAAAGGACAAGUUCAAGUCAAUCACAAGGAAAAAAAGAAAAGAAAAAAGUUCCCCCGCCCCGCACUGCACCAUGGGUCAGGGCAGCAGCCAGUUCACGGAGGCCGAGCUUGAGGAGUACCAGGAGCUGACCUACUUCACCAAGAAGGAGAUAUUAUAUGCUCACAAGCGCUUCAAGAAUCUGGCUUUGGAGAAAGUCGGUCACAACCGCAAUGCCAAGCUUCCAAUGGACAAGCUAUUGACACUCCCUGAACUACGGGCCAAUCCAUUUGGUGAACGCAUGUGUCUCAUCUUUUCCUCAACCAAGGAUGGAGAUUGCACAUUUGAAGAUUUUCUGGAUAUGAUGUCAGUGUUCAGCGAAGCAGCCCCAAAGUCAGUGAAAGCAGAAUAUGCCUUCAGGAUUUUUGAUUUUGAUGGGGAUGAUUAUUUGGGACGAGGUGAUCUUCAGGAGACAAUUACCAAGCUGGUGAGUCCACAACGCUUCUCCCCGGCUGACAUGGAGGCUUUGGUCACCAGAGUUUUGGAGGAGGCUGAUCUGGAUGAUGAUGGAAUGUUGGCUUUUGCAGAAUUUGAGCAUGUCAUUUCAAAAUCACCAGACUUUGCCAAUUCAUUUCGGAUACGUCUUUGAGGAGCUGAAGUUGGAAGUUGGGAACACCAUCUGGCAUCUCCAUCAUGGUGUUUUACAAACUUCGGCACAUAACUUCCCCCAACCUAAUCUUCCAGUGGAUUUUGAAUAUUUGAAAUAGUAUGACUGCAUAUAUACAUCAUUAUGAUCAUCAAAAGUCCUCUGUUUUUCUUCAAAGUAAAAAAAAAAAAAAAAAAAAAAAAAAAAAAAAGA